CCGGGACGGGAGCUGAGGUCCGGGAUGGGGCUGAGGUCUGCGAUGGGGGCUGAGAUCCCGAUCUGGGAGCAGGGAGCGCUGGCACGGUGCCCUGCAGGACCACGGGGGCCAGCAGCCUUCGUAUGGGGUUUUUUUUGCAUGUUUGGGAAAAGUAAAAAGUUCCUCUAGCCGUGGCUGCCUGUAGCGGGACGUAGCCUUUCCCCGCAAGCCAUCCCAGCCCUGCGGCGCUGGCUCUGGGGCAGCAGUCGUGCUUGCUCGUGUUGCACGCAGACAGCAGCGUGCGAGCAUCCGCACCGCGCUCGGGGUGCUCGUGUUGCACGCGAACGGGGGGUCGUUGCUGCCGUGGUGCGGGUCUUCCCACGGGAAUGCCCCAACCCCUCGCUGUCGCCCCGCAGCAGAGGGAGGAGGCGCGGGAAACCCUCCCGGUGCCGCUGCCUGGGCAGCUCCGAGGCCGCGGGGCUUAAUAGCAUGACUCUGUCUCUAUAAACAAUAGAGGGGAAAACACGACUAAUGCAUUUUGAAAGCCUCUAAAAAUGACCCAGAGCAGCUUUUUUUGUGCAAAGAAAACAAAGCGGGCCUCUACCGCGCAGUCCUUCGGGUAAGUAAGCACAGCCGUGGAAAGCGGCGUUUCUGCUGGAAAAUUCCCAUUUGUUCCAUGAGGGAGCAGAGCACGACCUUUCCUGCGGGAGCCGGGAGCCGGCCAGGCUGCAGCGAGCCAUCGCGCCUGCCCGGCCGCCGCGGGGCUGGGAAAGGGCCGAACCUGGGGCCGCGGGCGGCUGCCGUGCGGCGCUGCCCCGAGAAAUCUCGGUUUCCUUCCGAUCCGGAACGAAACUGAGUGCAAACCCCGAGCCGGGGUUGCUGCUCUCUGCCAGCCGCGAUCACAGCCCCUCGCAGCCUGCAGCCGGCCUCAAACGCAGCGCAGAGCAUUGCCAUAUAUAUAACCUUGAUGCUGCCAGGAGAGAAUUUGCCCCAAAUCCGUAGGAAAAGAGCCAGUGUCAAAGCAAGGUGGGGGCUCGAUUUCAUCUCUCCCAGCUCCCGGCCCAUGCUCAGGCCACGUUUUGAUGGGAAUUGUGUUCGGUUAAGGCAAAUCACUCACCCUGCAGAGCCCGUGCUGGCAGAGCUGGCGCUUGGGCUCACAAAAUGUGCAUUUUUCCGUUGCAUGAAUGUUUUUUUCUACCCAGAGAUGGGAACGAUAGUGCAAACACUGAAGGGGAAAAUCGGCUUUAGCGAUGCUUUAAUUCCAGCCGGGAGCGAUGCCGGUGGUGCUGCUCCGGGGCACCGCAGGCUGUGGCCGGGGGAACCCCCCCAGCACGGAUACAAACCGCCCGGAGCCGUGAUCCACCUCUUCUCGCCUUUUGCAGCGCUAACCGUGAAGUUUCUCACCAAGAGGUUCAUAAGUGAAUACGACCCAAACUUGGAGGACACCUACACGUCGGAGGAGCUGGUGGACCAGCAGCCGGUGCUGCUGAAGGUGAUGGACACCGCCGACCAGGACGGCCCCGUGAACUGCGAACGCUACCUGCGCUGGGCCAGCGCCUUCCUGGUGGUCUACAGCAUCGAGGACAAGCGCAGCUUCGCCGGCUGCCGCCGCUACCUGGACGUCCUCGCCGCCCACGCCGGGGGCUGCCCGCGCGCCCGCCCCGUCCUCCUGCUGGGAAACAAGCUGGAUAUGGAGCCCUACAGGCAGGUCACCAAAGCGGAGGGGCUGUCGCUGGCCGCCGCCUUCGGCUGCCUCUUCUUCGAGGUGUCGGCGUGCCUGGGCUUCGAGGCGGUGCGGCACGUCUUCCACGAGGCCGUGCGGGAGGUGCGGCGGGCUGCCGAGCGCCGGCCGCUCUUCCUCGCCGAGGAGCGGCCCUGCCCGCCGCGCGCCGGCCCCGCCGCCUGCGCCCUCAGCACCCUCUCCACCGUCACCUACAAGGAGGUGCCCUCGGUGGCCCAGGCCAAGCUGGUGACGGUGAAGUCCUCGCGGGCUCAGAGCAAGAGGAAAGCGCCCACCUUGACCUUGCUGAAAGGCUUCAAAAUAUUUUAAGGACGUGCCCCCCCCCCCGCCCAUGACGCCGACGCGGGAUGCUCGGCGCCUGGGGCCGGGAUUUGCCCCCGGCACCGCGGCCGGACAGGGGGCUGAAGGCUGCUGCCCGGAGACGUACGGCUUGAGGGGAAGGUGAUCGUUCCUCCAACCUGGAGACCCCCAUGUGACUCGUCUCACAGGUCAACCGACCGAGCAAUAAGUCGGAGGAAGCUUUUUUUGUUUAUUUUUUAUCUGAAUGAGAAAGCUGCAAAUAUUAUCACAGCUGACUAAAGGCGUUGAGUGUCCUAAAACUGAUCCCUGUGCUUUGAAACAAGUCACAGCUGGGUUUUAAGCAACUUCUUACACUGCCGUGGUCCUUUUUAAAGACUUUGCAAAGAGAAACGCUUCGCUGGCAAGGGCACACGCUUAGAAACCUCUGGUUAAAAGACCAAUAUAGUUUCAAAAUGUCUUAAAUUAUUUCAUGGCGCUUCCACGUGACCUGUGCGGGGUGCGAAUUGAACCCUAACGCGGAGCGCGGGGUGCGAUGACCGGGCCAUGGCUGGGGCCAAGGCUUCUGCAUUUCCUUUCCUUUGCUCUACCAGGUUGGAUGUUCUCCUUCCCUCUGGAGCUGCUCUUAUCUGCAGGGUAAAAUAGCCAUGAGCGCGUGUAUAUAUGUACAUAUAUACAUAUAUAUUUAUAUAUAUGACCUUACUGGUAUAUAUAGAGAGAUGCAGUAUGUGAUUUCAAUCACCCACUUUGGAAAAUAUUUUAAUAAAGACAACUUUUGAAAAGAA